AUGUCGGUGAUGCUAGACAACACUUCGUCCCGGCUCUUCCAAACCACACGCAAUGGAUUUCAAUCCCGCUGCCAGCAGCUCGUUGAUGACAUCCUGCACAAUGGUUUAUCGCUUGAGGAGGAAUUGAGUGAUAGGGUAGGUCAACUUCAUCGGUCACUGGAACAGCUCAAACGAGCUGGACAGAUGAUGGCCAUCGAUUGCCCGACAAACGAGCUCGUGCGUGUUGUACCCGCUGGAUUCUUCACAGUCCUCAUCGACCGCCCUGGACAACCCCCAAUGUCCGAGUUUGACUGGGCUUGCAUCUACACCGCUGACACUUUGAACAUGCUAACAGGUGACCUUUUGCGCCAUAUGUCCCCCGUUGGUGUUGCCCGUAACAUCGAGGCCCAGUCAUUCCUCUGGGACUUAGCUGCUGAGGAUACCGCUCCAGCGCCAUAUGUGAAUGCCCUUCAGAUCCCUCGAGCGGAUCGUUUCGCUCGUAUGAACUCUCGGAUCCCGGUGAGGCCUCGAUCUCCUCCUCCAGUCGAUACUUAUCUAGCUUAUAACCGCCCGGUACCUGGCCCUUACACCCCUGCAUUGCCCCUGCGGCCUAUCCCUGAGUGCGAGCCUGAGCCUGAGCCUGAGUCUCCACCACCUGCUGACAUUAUGGGUCUUUAUAUGAACCCUAGCAUACAGCCACGGUAG